UAUGACAUAUGAACAAUUUGCACUUUCAGUCCAUAUUGACCUUAAGUUUUUUUCCUUCUAAAAAUAGUAGUCAAAUAUUUUGCUCCUGAUUAAUAUAAGAUUACACUUCAGAUUGAAUUGACCAUUUUGAAUUGACAUUUUUAUUCAAAUAAGAACAGUAAUAAGAUUUUUUCGGUGUUGGGUUGAUUUUAUAAACUACGGGACAACUGCGAGCGAAGUUCGCAACGCGUUUUGAACAUGUGGAACCAUUUCAACGAAACUGGUACCACCAACUCCACUGUAAAGAACGGUUCACGAACUGCCAAAAUUUGUCUUAUGCCUGAGGUUAUCAUAAUCGUAAACUGUGCUUUAAAUGUUCCGUUGAUGCUCAUAUCCAUUGUGGGAAACUGUUUGGUGCUAGCGGCCAUAACGAGGAGCCCUUCACUUCGAACACCUUCCAUGUUGUUCCUGUGCAGUCUGGCUGUUUCGGACCUUCUCGUUGGCUUCGUCAUUCAACCACUUUAUAUCGCCAGUGGAUUUACAAGAAUCAAUGUUCUAGACAAUUUGUGGUUCCUCGUUUCAUUUGCUACGUGUGGGAUUUCUCUUUGUUCAAUAACUGUGAUUAGUGUUGACCGAUUUUUGGCUCUCCAUUAUCAUAUGCGCUAUCCCACCUUGGUGACCAAGUCCCGCGCAAUUCUGACAUUGGCACUAAUGUGGAUUUUUAUUUGCAUUCUAUCCGGAAUCUACUGUUUAAAUCGGAACGUCUAUUUUCUUGUUAUAGCUCUUGGAGUUGGCUUAUGUCUCUUGAUCUCAAUCGUGGCAUACAUUGGGAUUUUUCGUAUCGUUCGGCAUCAGCAGUUGCAGAUUCACACUCAGCAACAGGCAGUACAAGUUAGGACUGUGGACGUCUCUAACAUGAGGAAAUUAAAGAGAAGUGCAUUGAACUCUUUUGUAUUUUUCAUAGUAAUGGUGCUGUUUUAUGUGCCAAUGUCUGUUGCAAUGGCCGUUUAUCUCAUAACCGAGGAGUGGGAACAUGCUUGGGGCUUUACAACAACGGCAGUCUUUAUGAACUCAUCCAUAAAUCCAUUUUUGUAUUGUUGGAGACUUGGUAAGCUACGAAAAGCAGUUGUAAAGACAGUGAAGAAGAUAUUGUCUAAACAGUCAUAAGUAGCAGAAAAUACACUACGUAUUCAUGACUGUCUGUCAUGUAUUUAGACGAAUUCCUGCAUUAAGCGGGUUAAUCAUAGCACAAGGAAAUGAAAACAAAUUUUCAUGAUGCUUGUAGUACAUAACUAACAGUAAUCAGAAAAAGAAACUACCUUUUUGUCUUAAACGUUUACAUGUUAAUCUAAAAAACCAAGAUAUUGUACGUGACAAUUUUUCCAACUGUAAAUUCAAAUAAAAAAAUUAUUAUCAAGUAUAGAGAUUAAAAUUUUGGCCGAAGAAUGAGUUGGCAAUAUAGCAUUCAUCAGUAUUUUCCGCCCAAAGUGCUUCUUCCGGCCUCUUUGUCAAAUCUAUGAUGUAGUUUCGUCUGAUGUCAUAGAAGUUUAAGCGUCACUUUAUCUCCGGAAGAAAACAAUUUGCUAAUAUCAGAGAGUUUUGCCAGUUUAAUGAAAACUUUUGUGUCUAUAAGCUGCUGUUUUUCAAAGUUGUGUGAGAAAUACUUUUAAAGCUAGAACAAUGUUUUCACUCUAUCGAUUAACUGAAAUUUGUCGGUUGGGGGGUUUCACAGUGACUGUAUUGGCACUACAGGAAAUUUCUCCAUUAAAAUAGAACUUGUUUGGCCAAGGCAAAGAAAUUUCGUUGUAAAUAUCAAAUAAGAUCUCGAUCCGUUGUGACGCCAGAUGAUUUGGCUUGGCGCGCUGAGAAACAGAAGAAGGCUUCCUAAUAUUAGCGAUUACAUUUUUCAAGCUAAAUAUACAUACUGUGAUUUAUGUAAUGUUUAUUUUUCUUCUUCAAAGUUUAAUAUAGCAUUUUUUCAUGUCAAGACAACUGAUAAUGUGAGAAUAGCUUGUUAAGAAAAUAUUCUCUUUUUCUAUCCUUUAGACGCCAACUGGCGCAUAGGGCAUCAAUGCAACAAGACUUCUCUGUCACUGACGGUCCUUGGCAAGCCCUGCGGCUUGUUCCCAGUUGAGGUUUAGGGCCUGAAGUUCUACCUCUGCAGUCAUUGUUCAGGUAGAUUUGGGACAAGAAAAUAUUUUAGGAUGUAUGAUUUACCAAUCUCGUUACUUAGCUAAAUUCCUACAAUUUUUUUCCUUCUUUUUUUUCCCCCUAUUCUAGGCACGCUAUAAGCCAGCUCCAAAAGGCAAACUGCGCUGUCAACAAAACUUUAGUAUGUUGUAUACUGUGUACCGUUA